AUGAAGUUCGAGACCUUCGGGGCCUUCCUCAUCGCGGCCGCCAUGCCGGUCCUGGCGUACCCGGCCGCACCCGCCUCAUUCGUGUCAGGGGCCGGCGAGGGCGCAGUCAUCGAGCAGCGCGACCCCAUCGUGCCAGACGUGGGAGCCUCCAACCGCCAAAUGGCGCAGAGGUGGCGUGGCUUCGCGGGGCAGGAGCGCCACCGCCACCGCGGCCCGCGCCCGGCCAGGGAGGUCGCCAGGGGUGAGUCUUCCGACGAGGCCGACGCCGCCGCCGAGGUCGAGCACCGCGAGGCCCCGAAGAACAACAAGGGCAAGGGCCGGCCGCCGAUUCUCGGCAACGAGGUGGUUCAGCAGCAGCAGCAGCCGCCGCAGAAGCGGUCCGAAGGUGGCGGACCCUCCGAGGCCGAGCUCGCCGACGCGCUCGAGGCCGUCGCCGGGUACCUGGACGAGAGCCAGCAGCAGGUCGUGCGGCGCGCCGUCGUAGCGGCGCUGCUUGCUUGA